GUCGCUGUUGCUGUUGUUUACCCACCAGCCACCGCCUCGACUCGCCCUCCCGCAUGGCCUCAUAAACACAACAGUCGCUUCCCGUGUCCCUCGCCGCGUCCCUCGCCGUUGCGCUGUGCCAAUGCGCCUACGACUCGGCCCUCUCUAAUCCGACUGCACUCUAAUUCACCUCCGUCACUCGUUUGCGCGCAUCUGCCGCCAUGGCCAUAAUCAAUCCCGAGCCCGCCGCCCUCUCCGCCGACGACCUGUCGCUGUUCUACACCACCGACGAGCUGCUCUCCAACUCGCCCGUGCUAAUCUUCUACGGGCCGACUGCCACGUCCACCCAGGCCACACACUCGCGCAUCCAGGCCCACGUCUUCACCCCAGCCGGCCUCCAGAACUUCGCGCGUCUCAUCAUAUCGCCGACAGCCGCCUUCUACAACGCCGUCACAUGUCUGCCCCGGGAGGAACAGGGCGACGAGAUCUGCCGCGGCCUGGCCUUUAGUCUGUUCAAGUACUUUGUCGAGCUCCCCCUCGAGAUUAAAGAUGCCUGGGAGAAGCGAUACAGCACCCUGGGCCACCUGCCCUCGGCGCCGCAGCUCUUCUCCGAGUCGCACGCAGCCAUUCUUGCCGCCAAGAUGGUCAAGGUCGAGAACAUUGCAGAUGUAAUCGUGGAUGUACGGCAUGCGCUGGGAGAACAGACAUUGUCGUGGCUGGAUCUGGACGUGGUUCUGCCACAGGGGAGCAUCAAGAAGUUCAACUCGCGAGAGUCAGGCCUGUUCGACGAGUCGGAAGAUGAGCUACUGCAGCAACGAUUUGGCCAGUAUGCGCCCGUCAUGAAACUGUUCGGGGAAACCGCCUUCCUCCCCACAUCGAAGCUCCGCCGCGCACCAUCGAAACCCACCGCCCUCAAUCGACUACAGACUUUCUCGCGGAAACAGAAGGAGACGCUGCGACGCGAAAUGUGCGAGCUGUUGGACACGGAGGAGAAUUACGUCAACAAGCUCCACGACCUGGUCAACAACGUGGCAGUCGAAUUCCGCAAGAAAGCAAAGAACAAGUCAUCCUCGAGCACAAGCCCAAAUGAGCAGACACUGAAGGGCCUCUUUCCUCCGAGUCUCGACAACAUCCUCGAGGUCAACUCUCAGUUUUUGGAAGUCAUGCGCGUCAUCCUGGAAGAGACGGAGAACGGAGCGAUACAAGACAUCGAAGAAGCCACAGACGAUGUGUUCAUUGCUCCAUUGAGAGGAACAAAAGACCCACCAGACGUUACUGGAGCUCUGGCAGUAGCAAAAACCCUUGUCGAGUGGUUGCCCCAAUUCGGCGAUUGCUACACUGACUACAUGGCUGCACAUGGCGACUUCUCACAGCUGCUGAAGACAUUCACCAAAGACACUACCUCAAGCUUCUCGAAGAGAGUCUAUGACACGGGGGAGCAGCGACUGAUGUCUUUGCUGAUCGAGCCUGUUCAGCGUCUGCCACGUUAUAAUCUGUACAUCGAUAACAUCGUCAAACAACUGCCUGCAAGACAUCCUGCGAUUAGGAGUUUCCUCAAAGCGAGAGAUAUCGUUUCUGAGAUCUGCUCAAGAGAAGGACCGUCGGCUCAGCAGAUCAGGGUGUUGGAUCGCCUGCGCAAGAUGGUGGCUGCAUGGCCAUCAACCUUCAACCCGCGAGGCAGACUCAUCACCGCUAUCGACCUUGUGGAACUUUCUGCGCCUUACCAUGGAGAUCUUGCCGGGCCAUCAACCGUCUCUGGAAUCCUUGUUCUCUUCACAGACUUUGUGGUUUUCGUGCGCAAGCCAGAUGUAUCCACAACUACUGCUCGCAGUUUACUGGCGGACUUAGACAAUCCCAAGUUCGCCGAGUCCUUUGACGGUUCUAUAGAGCUCAUCUUCCACCAACACGUGAAACUCUGCGACAUCGUAGCGAGUGAGCACUCGGAGGGGAGCAUUCUCCAGACAUUGUCUCCCAUACCUUCAGCUAGCCAAGCAGGAAGACCACGAAGCCGCGACCGACAAUGUAUUGGUAUUCGCAUGUUCUACUUACAGGGCGCAUAUGAAGGCAAGGCGCAGAAAUUUGUUGAGGAGCUCACCAAAGCUAGAGUGGAAGGUCGAUUCCCCGAAGCCGAACGAGAAAGUUACAAGUGGGAAGUACGGAGCCUGCCAGGCGAUCUCAGCUUCUUCUCUUCCGUUUCCGAGGAGAUUGGAACACAAUCGGUAGAAGGACGAAAUGAGCCAGCAAAAGUACAGGUCCUUGUGGAAACAGCAAAUUUCGCGCAACCCGUUGUUGUGGGCGAUCAGGGCAUCGAAGUAACUAUUGCGAUCACAAUCCUCGGAGAUGGUUUCUUCCUAUUGGACACGACUGGUCUCAAUGGUUACGCAGCGCGAGACAAAUUGACCAGCGUCGAGUUUCUACCUGUACUGACAAAACGACUGACGAAUUACUUCCAACUGCGCAACAACGUCAAGAAUGCCGCACUGUCUGAAGCCUACCUUUUCCGGAACCACCAAAUCCUCAAGUCACUCAACGUCCAGUUCAAUCAAGUCGAAGAUACACAAUACAGCAAGAGUCGCCCGAACUCUCCCGUCAAGAUGCUCUCCGGUUUCUUUAACGGCAGCAUAGGCAGAGAAGGUGGUUCUCGCAGCAGACUACACCGCAGUCCGCAUACUUUGGGUGAUAUCCCACGGAUGCCGCCUCCUUCUCAGCCUGCGUCAGCACGUCCUCACAGUCAUGAUGGCGAGCUCUCUCGACCCACGUCAUCCAGUAGAAGCUUGAACUUCGGUGCCAAUGGCCACACGACCGAUUCACUCACAAAGCUGGAAGAAUCCUUGUCGAACAUGACUAUGGCCCUACUUGCUCGAAAGGGCAACAUUGUCGGUCGCUCAGUCCGCGCAAGGGCUGUUGCGGACGAGCUUGCAGUCAAUGAGCUGUACAACUCACUCUUGGAGAACUCUUCGAAUCUCGACCUCGCCUCACAGUCGUCUGUUGACGUCCUUUUUGCUACGUUUGAGAAGUUCCUCAGCGUGGCCUGGAAGGAGAGGAUGGGCCCUGUACUUUCGCACGCCAUGUUUGUAUCGCUGCAAAUGAGGUCAGACAGCAUGCACCCUGAUGAGUUUGAAGAGUUCUUCCGAGGAACAUUUUUUGAGCUUGCACCACACAACCAACGUGCACUUCGAGCUAUUGUCGGCCUUCUAGCCGAGUUGCUGGAUGGUACCAGCAACGAUGGAGACCGGGGUGUUUUGACAGCAGCAUUUGCUGAGAUGUUGGUACCAGCCGGGAACGCCAACGACUUCAUCUCUUUGAUGGACCGACUAGUCCAAGACAUCGACAUCCUCUUCCCAGCUGAAAUCGCUGAAUUCAGUACUCCCAUCUACGGCUCCAUCGAUUCCAAGAGUCGCCACGCUGCCGGUGGCUCGGUCAGUUCCAACACAUCCUUGAGGAAACGCCUCGGGUUCAACACUGUCACUAGAGAGAACAGCAAGUCGGAGAAGGUCGAUAACGAGUCCAAGGUUGGUUCGUUGUGGCGUUCGCUGAGCAAGAACACCUACGUAGCAGAAAACCAGCCUCCCAGCUUGGCUAAAGCCGGGUAUGCUUCGUUUGGCCGUUCUAACUCUAUCGACACUGGCCACAUCUCCCCCAAGCGUCCAUCGUCCCGUGACCGUCCUACCGUUUUAGGGACGUUCAGCUUCGAGAAUGGGAAUGCGAAUGGGAAUGGCAGUGGCAAUGGGAACGGAAACGCUCCUCCUAGCCGGUCGUUGUUGGGUGCUCUUGGAACAAUCGGAGAGGUACCGCCCACUGCUGGGCCUCCCCGCAAGAAGCGUCGCUCUUCAUUGGGUGAUCUCAGGACGUUGCAGACUGCUGACGAUGUGCCCUCGUGGUCUUCGCAGGCACCUCCUAGACCUGACUCUGCAAUGCAGAACAACCGACGGAUAAGCGCGUCGCCACCACCACCACCACAAACUCCAUCGCGUGGCACGCCCUCGCCUCUCAAACACUCCUCUAUCCCUGCACCCACACGCUUGGGCUCGCCCUUCCGCAAGGAGAAUUCGCCCGCGCCCCCAAGUGCUCGCGAGCGCGCCAACAGCCUACGACCAAAGUCCGUCGCUGCCAGAUAUGACACCAGGGACGAAGUAACCAUCAAAUCCAACACGCCCAGAAAGAAGCGAACCGAGUCCAUAACCAGCAUCCCCAUUCUCAAACCCACCCCGGAACUCGGCCUAUCCGAACGUCCCGGCUCCGGAAACGCCGUGAAAAUCCCCCCUUCCUCACCCCGCUCCCCCAUAAAAGUAGGCCCUCCCUCGGCCCUCUCCCCCAAAAAACUCCGAAUGCAAUCCCCCCAGAAACUGCGCGAGCGCCUGCAAAUCCAACAACGCGACAUCGAAUCCGCGUCGCAGGACCUGCAGAGCGAACUCAGCGCAAUCACCCACGACCUAGCCACCAAGCCCGAUCCCCGCCUCUCAACAGAAAGCCUCACCCUCGCCCCCACCAGCGCAAAAACCCUCGAACUCCGCAUCGCCGCCCUGGAAAAACAGGUCAAAAAUACCCUCGACUCGCUCUCCUCCCGCGCCGCGACUAUCGCCCAGGACGUCGGCACCUCGCUGCAGGUCUCCGAGGCUCGCGCCAAACACCUCGAUCAGCUGUAUCGCGAUAUGAAUGCGGAGAAUGAGGCGCUGUAUGCGCGGUUUAAUGAGGAGUUGGAGAGGGUUACGUCGAGUGCGAGGAAGGGGCGGGCGGGCGAGGAGGCGGAGAGGAGGUUGAGGGCUAGUGAGGAGGAGGCGGUUAGGUUGAGGAAGGAGAAUGCGAGAUUGAGAAGGGAGGUUGCGGGACUGAAGGCGCAGAUUAGGGAGUAG